AUGGAGCCAGUACUGGAGAAGCCCAACAAGAAUACCAACGAUCUUAACAAGCCCUUCCGGUUCAAGGGAGCCCAUUUCAAGAGAUGGAAAGGCAAGGUGCUUUUCUACCUCAAUCUCCUCAAGGUAGCCUAUAUCCUGACCGAGAAAAAUCCGAACAAAGUCCCCUCUGAAGAGAUGACCGAUGAGGAGUAUGCAGCUCGUCUUGAACAAAUCAAGAAAUACAACACAGAUGAGUAUAAAUGUCGACCCUUCGAACCCUUUGAUACCCACACUCCUCCUUCCCUUACAACCCUUCUCUUCGACCUGACCGAGGCUGUCACCGACCGACCUCCCUCCAUCCGACGAUCGAGUCGAGUCUCUCUCCGACGAUCGAGUCUCGCUUCUCGCCGCUCAGUCCCGCCGGACUCUCUUCUGUCUCCGACCCGAACCAGGGUAUACGAGAAGCUCUGUUCGACGCUCUGGUAUACGAGAAGCUCUCUCUCCAAAACCCUCGCCAUACCCGAAAGUGGAAUAGUUGCCUCCAGUAUAGAACCAGGUAGCAAUGCAGAACAGGUGCAGAAUGGAAGGACGCAUCAAAAAGAAGCAAACUCGCUUCAUCAGGAUCCUCAAUACGAAAAGCAAGAAUUAAAAACCGCCCUGUUGUUGAUGUCUAAUGGGAGCAGUAUGCAUUGGGUCAUUAAGAUGGUUAUGAAAAUGGAUGCUGCUGAGCCCUUCAAUGUUCCAGUGGAUCCUGUUGCCCUGGCAAUACCUGUAAGUGUAACUUCUUUAUAGAUGCUUCUCAUGUGUAUUAUUUUAGGAACAUGCUGCUAACUUUAAAUUUAUGGCCACUGAGAAUUUCGGGUGCAAUAUAUUUGAACCCAAAUGGUUUGGAGGAAACAACUUUCCAGACAUUUUGGAGUGGGUUUUAUGUUGGUUAGCUCAUCAUUUGGGGGAGCAGAGUGGAACGUUU